UCUAUAAUAUCCUUUCCCUAAGGUAUGCCGAAUGUUGCCCAUUCAGUGCCACGUAAUGUAAUGGUGAUGAUUGAUUGGUACCAUUCAGGCUGAGCCACUAAAAACCGAAAGCUGGAGACAUUCGGACAGUCGCUCAGGGUGAAUAUGCCGAAAUUAUUGGGGAAUAUCAACACGACACAUCCGGGCAGGCUUGUCGUGGCCUUUUUCUGUCCGACUUAAUAUUUCGCCUGGGUACGGACAUGUUUGGACAUGUUUGGUCAGUUUAACGGACCGGACUAGUAUUUGAUUUGAAUGGAAAGUCAAAUUUGAUGUACACAGGAGCCAUUGGAUAGGCGGUCUCCAUUGUAAUAUAACUGCUUUCUUUCGUGUUACUAUCUUCCGUUUCCUUGUUUUUCGUUCUCUCUAAAAAUAAAGUUUUUUUUUUUCAAAACGGGGCCCUAUUAGAUUCGCCGACCACAUGAUCCGAGCACUUCUAUCACUGUGGUCACCCAGUGCAGUCAGCGUCAGCACUGAAGACGAGGCUCAGAACCAGAACCUGGCUCAAGCCCAAUCUGCGCGACAGAUUCGAGCUCGCUGGGGGAUGCGCCGCCAGAGCCAGAGUGGCAACGUUUAUCCCCGGUUCCGCCAUUUCUCGCGACACGCUCGAAUGAUAGCCUUUGAAAUGGCCGGUCGACAGAAUCUGGCCAAUCUGUUAGACCGAGUCGAGCCAAACUUUCACCAGCCCCAAGCUGAACAGGAUCCAGACUUGAGUGAAUCGGAGCCAGAUGAGGGGUUCUUCCUUCAGCGUUACGGAGGAGGUUACGCGGUGAUCCGCCGCCGGUGCAACUUCACCCUGCCGCGCAUUGGAAUCGACGAGCCCGUCAGCCAGCCCUUAGUGUGGCUGGCCCUGGAGACACUGGAGGCAGAAGCUUUCAAUGUAAACGACAUUCAAGGUACUCGUAGUUCCGCAGACUUUGUGGCACAGUUUUUGGUCAAAAAUCUGACCAUAGACGUCUUCAAUGCUGGGAAUCAGCCAGGCUAUGGUCCCUCCAGUGUUCGACCACCACCACCACCACCCCCACCAGCUGUUAACUAG